GCAGAAUUCGCAGCCACGCUUCAGUCCAGGCUCUCCGGACCUCUCGAUGCGAGAACAGUCGAUCUUCUCCUCGCGGACACUAGCCAUCAUGUUCAGCUGGUUCACAAUGCCGCGCCGCUAGGCUCAACGGGCCCCUUGGCGCAGAAAUUAGCCAAGGAUGUCGAACGACAGGGACGAGACCUGUGGAAUCUCUGUGUGAGCUUGAGGAGAGAACGAGACGCAUCCGUUCCUAUGGAGAAGGCCAAAUUGCUCCUUAAAGCACGAUCGCUUGCGUUUUAUAUGCUGGAGCUGGGUCGAAGUGCGGGCAGAGCCAAGAAAGAUGAGGGGACCGAGAUUGCAUACUUAAUGAGCCUGGCGUUGACGCUUGGCAAGCUUUGCGUAGGGGAAUCCGACUUGGAUUCAGCUAGGUUGACGCUGCAGAAAGCUGCGGAACUGAUGGAAAGGCUCAAAGCUAUUCCGGUUGAUGCUUUGGAUCUCCGUGAGCAGAGUGAACGGACGAAACUUGACGCAGAAUAUUUGGCGAUGAGAACAGCUCUGUCAUGGAAAGAGGAUAGGCUUGACGUUGCGGAACACAUGUUUGGCAAGAUAGACGCCCUUCGACCAACGCUGGACUCCAGCUCCGCUGAGAUCAUAGCCGACACGUUACAGCAUAUCGGGUUUGAUGUUGCCUCGAAAGGAGAUCAUGGCAUGGCUGUCAAGUGGCUGAAACGCGCCUACGAUAUCAUCAAUCAUCAGGCGCUAGACCAGCUCUCAACCAAGGGGCUGGAGCUGCGACUAGCCAUUUGCCAAGGCCUUGUCCGAGGACUUCUUGAUAUUGGCUCCGAGGUGUGUGUUCAAGAGGCCAGUAAUCUAAUCGAAUACAUUGAGUCCGAGAUUGGAGAUAAGCCUCUUGUGUUGCACUGGCGCCUUGAACUUUUGCAGAAAGCCCCCGGUGAAGCUUUUGAUAUCGACGCCUAUUCCAGUAUUCUGCAUCGUAUGGUUCGGUCAUUUGAUUACUCUGACGCCUCUUUUUGCUUUCUUUUGCAUCACAUCAAAGCUUUGAGAGAAAAGAACCCUCGGUUGGCCCGCGGACUGUUGGAUGAACUUUUGUUAAAACACAUUAUAUCGUCAAAGAGGAGCGAAUGGAUUGGAAAGGCUGUUGUUAGGAGGAUCUGGAUGACCACCGUUGAUGAUACAAAUUCCAUUGAAGCUUUGACAGACCUUCAGAAUCUCUUAGAUAAGGUUAAUGAUGCUCUUUCUGAGCCUUUGCCAUACUUGGCGUUCAAAGUAUCUCUCAUUGACUGGGACCAUGAUCUUGGGUUCGAGAGCAUCAGGCACCUCAGUAAACUUUCAGACAGUUCACAAGGACGUGAUGUGCUGUACGCCUGCAUUAGAGAAGCACAACAAGUGGGUGACAAACUGUGCACUCUAGCAGCUCUACAGGCAAUCAUCGAUAGUUGGAAGAUUGACCAAGCAACUCCUAGCAAUCUGACAUCAAUACUACGGUGCUCGAUUCGUCUCAUCCAUUUGAUUGAAGAACAAGCCAAUGGGGAUGAAGCUGGCUCCCAAAGCAUUGCAUAUGCCGAGGAUUUAUGUCGGCUAUUUGAGAAAGCUGCUGAGCAGGCAAGCCGAGAUCCCAGAGAUGACGAGGGAAAUACAGUCUUUACAGUACCUGAGUUGAACUGGUUCCGGAAAAACGCUUACAACAUGGCCCUGAUGGCCUUGCGUUGCCACUUUGUCAUUGCUGCAGCGUUGGUGUCGCUCGCGCGGGCAGAGGAUAGAGUGGAAGAACAGCUCCAGUAUUACCUCCAAGUAAGACAUCACACGAGGGAAUUCUAUGCAACACUAGAGACUACAGUGGAUGGAAUCCAGGAAGAAAAUACUGCCGCAGACUUGAACGUCAAGUUAUCAGCAUUGUUUGUAUUUGACUUUGAGGCAGCCACUGCACUAAAAGAUUGGGAUGGGUUGAAUGAGAUUGUACGCAAGGCAAAGACAUGUCGUGAUGAGGUAAUGUAUAAGGCGAUGGGGGAUUGCAUAUUGAGAAGCAGAGCUCCAGGGAAAGCAUUAUUCUCGACGAUGUGCCUCAUCAUCAAUGAGAUUUUUGAGCUGGAAGAUUUUGACUACGAGAAGCUUGCAAAAUAUAUCCGUUGCAUGUUUCAAGCAAUUUUGGGGCUGGACGAUGCUUCGGCUCUUCAGCUUGUGGAUCAAGCAUUACAAAUAGCCCGCGAAGGAAAGGAGACUGGGAAUCGGCUGCCGGCUGCGGAAUUGGAGUGGCUCGUUGCCACGAGUUUCAAUCACGCCAUUGACUAUUACGCCCGUGGGGAGGAAGAGCCUUGUCACCGCUGGGCACUUAAAGCCAUGCAUCUGGCUGAGUAUAUUGAUGACGGGGGAGUGUUGCGGGAUACACUACAUGAGAAAUUUGCAAAGUUGCAGUUUGGUGGAAGAUCAAAGUGA